AUGAAUGCUUUUCAUGUGAGGAAGAUCGAAAAGCGUACUUACGUUCGCAGGGUAAAAGUUGUCAAAAGCAAUCAUGGCCAUUAUGAAACUAAUGACAACAUGAAAAUUCAUCUGCAAAUGGGGGACGACGACAUGCCAAGCGCAAUUACCGAAGCUACGCCACGUUUGAACGAAUUCAUUGCGGUGUUGAACAAGGGUCGAGAAUUUGGGCCUUGUUUUAGCGAGUUGGCCGUGUCGGAAUCGCGGAGUUUCGAAGAGCAAACUAGCACCGAAAGGCGAAUGGGGACUGGUACAAGCCAACAGGUUCUUAGCAUACUAAUAAUGUUCGUAUACACGUCAAAUUACUGACGCGGUUAUGCAAGUCAUUGAAUUUAAAUUGGCGGGGUCGGCCAUCUUUGAAGUGUGAUGGCAAUUUGACGGAGCUGUCAGUGUGGCAGUAAUUGGUCAUUUUCGAAAUAUUAUCAAUAACACUGCCCUAUAUCGCAGUUGCUAUUCCGGUAUUUGAUUGUCAAUGACUGAAAUUUUCUCAUUUUAGUCUGAGCAAGGCGACACUGUGAGCGUUGACGCCGGAAUAGAACAAAUAACAACAGGUAUGAUGGCUUUAUUACAUUUCGUGUUUAAAAUGAACAAUUGUGCAUGUACUGUACAAAACUUCAUUUGUGUUGUGUUUUAAUUUCACGUAGUUUAUUGUCUAGCGAUGCUGCCCUUUGUUCGAGGGGAAUAUUUCGUGGGCGACGCAAGCAUGCCUAUCAAAGCGAUAAAACAAAAACGGCAUGGCGUUUAACUUCAACAAACUUGUACGAAUUUACUUUUUGUGUUAACACAGUGCGCAUGAAGUCGAGCGUAUACGAGACCAGUUAACCGUAUACGAAUUUCCGUGUAAUUAAAUGGAAGCGGACGAAGUCUUCAUUCGGUUUCAAAACCGCUUUCGCGUGUGUUAAGCUGAGCCGAUAAGGUCCAUAUAUAGUAAGGAUUACAAAAACACGUAACGGGUUUUGUUCAACACAAAGUCCCGUAUAUUUUGUACAAACUUUUUUAGUCUCGACAGUGAGUUUCUUGACGAGUUUGUACUUGCCCUGUGUAUAUGGCGAAUACGUUUCCUUGACAACCACACGCGAGCAAGUGAACAAGGCUCUUAUAGCCUAUAGGCAAAACACUUGAAAGACAAUUUUUGCUUGAGCUUUUUACGUUGUUUUUAAUAUUUGUAAUCCCCUUUGAUAAGUUUUCCGUGACAAGUUUUAUUUGCUCGUGUGUAUACGGAAAAAAAAUUGACAAUUUUUACUUGCCAAGAGCCUUGUUCCUAAGCUAUAGUCUUGCCAGCUUUUGGACAAGGAAAAUUUGUUCGUGUGUACGGCCGCCAAGCGAAACUUGGUAAUUGUACAUGAAAUACUUAGUCUAUGGUUUUGGCAAACAAAAUACGGCCUUGACGCGAGGUAAAUGUUUAACGAGUCUAACAACAUGAGCAACAACUUGUCAUGCCGAAAACUUGUUGACCGUUGACACGAGAAAGUAAAGUUGUCAAGGAAACUUGCCCGUCUGUAUACGGGACUUUGUGCUAGAAGUAUAUAGAAGCCCAAAGCCCGUGCUGAUGUCACAGGUUGAGAUUAAGUCGUUGAGUACAGCUUAAGGAAACGGUAAACCGUUAUAAAAAUUGCGAAUAUAGAUUAUAUACUGUCUUAUAUACUGACAUGGACUUUGAGCAUAUGACUUUGAGCAUUCUCAUUUGCUUGUAUGAAAAAAAGUCAAGGAUAUACUCGACAUGCAGUCACUUUAUUAGAAAAGUGACUGUUCUCAGUAAAUGAUACUUUUGUUGAGUUUGCUUGUGAGCAAAAUAUAUCGGUAUAACCACAGCAAUAUACUCAGUUAAAUUAUCUUAUCCAAGCUUCAGAGCGCCCAUAAUUCCUAUAUAAGGCGUUAAGCCUGCCGCACACGAGAGCUAUCUGCUGAGCAAAAAGUUACUCGUGCCUGUUAGCUCAGCCGAUAGCUCACCGUGUGCGGGUACAUUUUACUGAGUUUUUUUCCUCAUGCAACCUUUUCUCACGUAUCAAACAUGUUUGAUCGGUGAGCUAUCAGCUGAGCUAACAGGCACGAGUAACUUUUUGCUCAGCAGAUAGCUCUCGUGUGCGGCAGGCUUAAGGGCUGGGUAGUUUAGUGCUAUUUCAGAAAAAAACUAUAUGCAUAUAGCUAUUCUUACAGUUCGCUCUGACUGAUUUUUGAUACGGGUUAUUUUGUUAAGCGAGUAUAAACUUAUAUAAUUUACAUCCCGUUAGCUUAUAUUAUGCAUACUAUAUCGGACCUACAGGUGUAGACAUACUACUCAAUUUCAUCAUGAAUAUUACGAUAUUGCUUCGACACACAAUAUAAUAUAAAGUUGUCAGAGGUUCCCGCUUUUAAUAUAUCGCAUGCUUGCAUUGCAAAUAGAUUCCCGGUUUUCCAGUUAUGACUUAAAACAUCAAAGUCAUAAUGUCAGACAGAAUUGUAAACAAUAGCGCGACUACAAAAUGAUUUUAUUCAUUGCCCCAUGCAAGCUGCAUAUUAAACAAACUCUAUAUAUAGCAGCUGUUUGAAAGGCCCUAUAUACGACUUUCAUAAUUCAUAUCUCCUAAAAUGUUUCGGUUUUUAACUUUUUACCCCUCUAUACUGAAAGUUUAUUUUUCUAGUAGAACUUUAAUCAUCCAGAAUGAAUAUUUUCACACUAUAUAGUUGUAAGUUUAGAUGUAUAUAAUAACAUCAAAAUUGUUUCGAUCAAAAAAUAGAUCAGGCUUAAGAGAUUGAAUAAGGCUAAAAUACCUUAAAACAACUUCGAAUUAUGUUUUUUUCUUAAUCAGGAAACCUUUUAGUCAUUAUCCUAAAAGCACGCCAUAUAUAACGUGUCCUAAAUUGCUUUAAUGUACUACUAUAUAUGCGAAUCACACCUAUAUGUAAGAUGAUCGAGCUUUUUUUGUGUUGGAAAGCUUUUUACUGCACAUUAUGCAUAAAUUUAAUGGCUUCUUUUUUUUACCUAAAGCUUUUGACAAUAAUUUAUACUUAUAUAGGCCUUCCCAUUUGCGCGGCAUUUUUGUUUAUUUUUGCUUGUUCAUAUUGCAGUGGAAUAUAAUGAAAUCCAAGCCUGAAAUAAAAGCUUAUCGCGGCCAUAGAUAAAGUUUGUAUUUUGUUUUGACUUCAAAAUUCCGAAUUCAUUAUUCCUUUGGCUUUGUUAUUUUAGCGCACAAUUAGCGACAGGCUACAUUUGCACACAGCUGGUCUUAUUUUGUAUGUAGAUAUCCAUUUUUUACGACAUGUUGUGCGCAAAAGCUUGCUAUAUACGUGCAUACAAUUACAGAAUCGCGCGGAGGCUAAAUUUAUAUUUAUUCGAAAUUUCUUAUAACUAAACUAUAGAGCCAUUUGCAACAAUUCCUGACUUCAUGUAUUUAAGCUUCGCGUGCGCGGACUAAUAAUUUACCCUCAUGUUGCAUAAUUUUCUUGCAUAUUGUGGCACUAUACAUGCAAUUGCCUAUUUGCCAACGAGGAUUUUAUCUGACGGGGCAAUGUUUUAUCGUACAGUACAAUUUUCCGCCCUAAACAGCUGCGCCGAUAGUUGAGACAUCUAUACAAGUGCCAUGAUACAAUAUCACUGCCACUGGGAAAAAAUGUGAAAUCCAUAUAUGAAAUUUACAAUUGAACCAAAUCCAUGUAUAUCCAUACUAUUUCGAUACUAUAUCCAUAGAAGUGCUAUUAAGAGCACUACCUAUCAUAUUAUAACAAGAACAAAUGUUAUGACUACCGUGUAGUUCAUAUUAAAGUUUUCUUAAAAGUAUAUAAUAUACAGUAUAUAGACAAAAGAAUAUAUAUAUUAUAGUAAUUAAGGAGUUAUCCCCAGGUUUAAGGCAUCUGUCUCCAAGGCAGAAACAUUUUGAAAUAAAGAUAGAAAAUAGUUCAAUUAUAACUAAGUCAUCGCAUGACAUCAUAGUUAAAAUUUAAUUUCUCAUGCAAAGAGAAUACGUGGUACUAUAUAUAUAUUUAUAUUUAAACUGUUAGCGAUUACCUUGGUUGAUUACCUUGGUGCGCGAUUACCUUGGUUGAAAUUUCGUGAGAAAAAAGAAUGACAACCAUUUUUCAAAUCGAGUUGCCGUUUAUAUCAACCAUUCUAUCACUUCACUCAUGUAUAUAGACCCAUUGCACUGAUGUCACAAUUCCAUAGAGUGUCCUCCAGAUGCUCCCUAAAAUAUCUGUUCGGGUACAACAACCACAUACAGCGCAAAAAUUAACCAUUUUAAUACAAAAUUAUUAUAAAGUUUUACAAAAUUUGCUUUGUUUACAAAAGUUAUAUUAUGCAUAGAUUGCUAAUUUGUCCUCCAGAUGCAUCGUCACCGGUGCUGUGACGUCAUGUGCAAUGGGUCUAUAGAGAUCAGUGUUUGUGUGUGUGCACGUUUUUGCUGCUAGUUACAAGGUCGAUAUGAUAACGUGACGUCAUUUUGUGCGCAAUUGACGUCACUCACGUAACUCGUAUGGUCAAAUCUCAAGUCCCUAUAAUUUUACAGUAAUGUAUUAAGUAUAUAUAUACUCUGUCUAAGUGUACAGUGUUAGUACUGCGAGAAAUUGUCGAUGGGAUAAUGUUCAAAUUCUAUCAUAAUUCGAAAUCAUCUUUUUCCAAUCUGCUUCUAGUGGAAAACGCGGUGAUUGAAAAAACAAUCAAAAUGAAUGACAACAAUAACGGGGAUGCUGGUAAGUUUAGUUUAAAAUGCUGAUUUUAUAACUUUUAGACCUAACUGGGGGAACCGUGCAAUCCUAAUUAUAAGGGCUUCACUUAUUGGUCAAGUGUUACUACAGGGAAAAAAUCGAAGUAUCUGGUAAAAAAAGUAUACUUACACGGAUAGCUCUAACAGUUCUGUCAAGUGAUCAGCUCUUGUUACUCGUGUAAUAUCCAGUAUUACUUUAGAAAAACACCAUAUAAACUAAGUUUAUUUCUACUGGAUAGCAUCGUCUUAGUAUUUAUACAGCCGGAACUUGUGGUUAAAAUUCGACAGCUGGACUCUGUAGCUCAGUUGGUUAGAGUGCUGCACCGGAAUCGCAGUGUCACAGAAUCUUCGAUUCCUGCCCGAGAACGGCAGAAGGCCUUGAAAAAGUCCUGCAUAUUCAGCUUUACGAGGAAAUUGUCCUUGUCAAAUACGACCUAUUUUUGUGUUUUGCAUAUUACGAUUUGAACACGUUCGCGUCUAGAUUGUUAGAUAAAAAAAGGGUCUUGACAUUAGUUCAAUGUCAGCGCAAUUACUGAGUCAUUCAAAUUAUCAAGCACUAAUCUCGCAGAGUAUCUUUAUGGUUGAAUUAGCAAAUUAUGACAAGUUUGACAUGCUUUCCAAAUAGCGUAUAUAUAUUCGUCGAAUUUUAUUCCAUGAAAACCUCAUUUCGCGUAUAAACAUUACCAUAGAAACCACUAAGUUAUAACAUUGAAUUCAUUGAUGACGUUAAUUUCAUGGCCAUUAUGGGUCAGUGACGACUGGCUUGUUCUCGAUCUGUAUGUGUGUACGUGUUGCAAUUGUAUAUGACAUGUACAAAAGCUAUUCAUAUUAUAUUAAACUGAACGUAGAAAUAUACAGUAGUUUUUUUUUCAUUCUGUCUGGCCUUGCACGCAUGGUUGGCUUUCGUUGUGCAAUUAUCCACGGCGAAAUACAACAGAACCAGUUGCCCCGACAACUGGAGCGAGGGGGGGGGGGGGGCAGCCCUACUCAGCCAUUAGGGAGAACAGUUCAGAUGUGAUUUUGCGCAUCUACCUAUAGAUGGAAAUUUGGUGUCGAAACUUUAUGCAUUUUCAACGUCAAUCGCACCCCAGCGAACCGCACUAUAUAUAUACACGCGUAAAAAUUGAGAAAAUCAACAACAAGGUUGUGCGGCCCACCGCUAUGAACAGUAUUGUCAACAUGUUGUUACAGCAUUGUUCAACUGUAACAACUUGGAACAACAUGGUUGACAACUUGUUCAUAGUUGGCCGCACAACAUUGUUCACGCCUGUCGAUAUCAACUUGGAACAACCUGUGCGUUUUUAGCCGUGAUUCCACGCGUGGCGUAUUCUUUGUUUGUCAAGUGCUAAAUGUAAAUAUUGUGUGGAACUAUAAUCACCGUCAUUGUCAAUGACGCAAACGAAAUUUGUGCUGUAUUGUACAGGAUACGAUUGAGAUGGAAAACAGUCAUUAUGCUUCCUGAACGGAAAUGCAUUUCAAGAGACUUUCAGCAAUGCAAUUUACCUAAAAAAUGCAAGUAUUUUGUAUUCUGCAUAAAAUUAUUUGACUUUAAUCUAAACUCAUAAACACAAAAAAAACAAGUAUUACUUAUUUCUCGUGUUUGCUCGCUUCGUCGAUUAUUUGCAUUACAUAACUUGUGAUAUUGUUUUGUAUACAUUUGAUGAUAUAACACUUAGUGUUUGUGUUCACAUCAGGAAAGCAAAAAGCCUAGUUUGUUAUCAGAUGUUUUUAAUCAGUGACUCCAUAUAUAUAUUCGCAAGGCAAAAUGUGAAAAUUACCCUAGCGAGCUAAUGUGUUUUGAAGAACAUUAUGAAUAAUUUACAUCUUGCAGACACGGCUUUGCGAUGAAGGAAAAUUCUCGUUUAAUAUUUAUCUUCUUUGGGUUUUUAAUAUCGCCUGCUCAGCAAGCGAAACCACAGCAAUUUCAAUAUCAAAAAACGUGAAAUGAAUUAGCAACCUUUGGUUUGAAAUAAAUUCGUUUAAUCUAAGGUUUUUAACCACUUAGCGCGAGACCUAAUCGAGGACGGAGCUUCGUUUCAUGAAGCGUCGUAGAGCUAAAUUUUUGGGGGAUAUUUUUUGGUCAUGCAGGCGGGCGAAUACAGUUUCCUAAAGAAUGGACAUAAAUGGACUUUGGGCAAACAAAUUGAGGCGACAACACUAGAGAACAAUUAUAAAUUGACGCCGUUAUUAAAUCGAAGGAGCUAUAACGCACACAAGGCAUCGGAUAAUUUUAUUAACUUGCUGGAUGAAGAAUCGUGCUCCAGCGAAAGGCCCAGUUUGGAACAGAAUAUUAAAUUAUCGAAUGCGGUUUUACACAGCGGAGUGGAAUUUCUGCAUACUAAUGAGAAAGGUUGCUUCUGCCUUCCGUCAAAAGAGCUCUUUCAACGAAGUGCAAUUUGCUUCAAAGCAUCAUUGCCUGACGCCAUGUCGGUCGAUGUUGCGAGUCAAAGCGAGUUCGCUUCGCAGACUUUGAAGCCACAGAACUUGGAAUUGAUUGCUCUCGAUGAUCAGUCGUGGGAUUACUCGAAUGGAAAGGAGAAUUAUAAGCUUAAAGAAACUUCCCCUGGCUGUCUGCCUAGCAAGAAGGGCAAGUCGAAAAAAUUACAACGAAAGAGUAGCUUUAAAACUGAACAGGAAUUUAAUGAUAAUGAAUCUCUAAACGACAACAAGCGAACCGAUGGAGACGUCAAAAUUUCAGACAGUUCGAACAAAGUGCGAAGGAAGUCGUCUUUCAUUAGCUCUGUCAUAAAAUUCGCCAAGUUUGGUCGAAAGAAGAAGCGCACGUCAGAAGGGACACAAGAGACGAGCGAUGAUUCAAAUGGGGGGACAGAAUCUUCGGAAGAGAAGCGAGAAAAUAGCUCGUGUCAGGACGAAGAGUUUAUAUUCGGCGGUGUUCGUGUAUUUUUUGACGAAAAUGGUGAAUUUUGUGAAGUGGAUCAACAUGAUUAUUAUGAUGACCAAAGUGUCUCGACGUUUUCCUCCGACAACGAGUCGGAGUGUGACGAUUCGACACGAUGCUCUACGACAAAAUUUGAAAGUUCGGACAGCUUAAAUCUGGGUUACUCUGGAUCAUUCGUUACAUAGAGAUUAUCUAGUGUUUCAUGAACACUAUAGUAUAGGAACACAGUACAGCAAAGUACUAGAGAGGCAUUUUAUAGAGGUUUUUGAAAGAAAAUAUUACGGAAGUGUCCGCACUGAGAGGUGUUUUCCCAUGCAGAGAGAGGUCAAUACGACUGUAUUUAUCUUCAAAAUGAACUAGAUUUGGAAAGUUCUAUGUAUAUAUUCUGUAUCAAAUAUAUAUAUGAAUGUGUGGCUAUAAAAUCAGUUAUCCAAAGCAAUUUUAAUCGUGGGUGUAUUCAAAUAUAUUGUGGUUUGUGUCUGUACUGCCUGAAAGAGAUUGAGAACACUUGAUGUUUCGAAACCGAAAGCGCUUUUCAGGACGUAGCUAUACUGACAACCCAGCGGCCCAAUAUUUUACAUCUUUUCAAGUAGUUCAGAAACAAACCACAGCAACGUUUUAACGAAUACUACUACAUACACUAGACACCUACGAUUGAGAAAUCAUUCUUAUAGGUAAUUCAAUCAGGCAUGAACAAACCAUGGCAACUAUAUAGGACACGUACAUUCGAGAUCUUUUUUUCAGGUGCACAAUUAAGCCAUGGCAACUUAUUAAAAGAACUAUCCAUACUUGACACCCACGUUUGAGGCUUUGAGCUGAAUAAUUAUACGACUCGACAAAUUUGUUUUUUGAAAUAUAUACUAAUAUGAAUAAUUUCCUCGAUCUCUUGUGAAAAACAAAUUUGCACUUCAGAAGGUGUUUCUGAGAUUGCUUUGUCUGAGAGAAAAAUAAUCUGUUGGAUAAUAAAUAUUAAGACGCUCGAACCACCUAUAGCUUGUCUCGCGUUUUCAGUGUUUUGCGUCAGAGAGGUUAUAAUCCGCUUAGCAUGUUAGCUGUGUUUGUGGAAAGCUCUCACGGGGAGCGACAAAUCUUAUUACUAAAUCAAUUUCAGAAAUUCCUUUAUAAGGACAAAAGCUUGUGUAUUCAACUGAUUAGGAGAUAUUUAUCGCACGUGUCGAUUAUGAAAUUUUAAAUAUUUUGCGCAAUUUGAUUGAGGCAGCUUUUCAACCAUCUAACAAACGCCAGUUGUGCUUCGGCCUUUGUCUUCUGCCCACAUACUGCCAAGACGCAGGGCAAAAAUUAUUUCAGCGCACAACCCACAUAGGAUCUUGCUUGCACAUGGCUACUGCAUGUGCCCAGGAUUUCUUGCUAUACUACUUUUCUUCCACUUUUCUACUUUUUCUCAUAAAAUUCUACUUUUUAAGACGGCUCGGAGAAUCAUUAUGUUAUUGUCUUUACUCUUUGUUAACCGAUGAGACUCAUAAUUAUAUUCCCCAAUCAUGUCCCAGAUAAUAUGUUCUCAAGGAAUACAUAUUUGCAUCAGCAAGGUUAUGCAGUGACGUUUUAGUACAAUGUUGAACAACCUAUAAUGACUACAAGUAUCCUACUAUACUGGAGUAUUGGUUAAUUAAUUAAGGCAAAUUUUGUAAACAUAAUUUAUUGAAGUUACAUUGUAUAUGUGUGUUAUUUGAAUCUCCAAAAAUUCCUACUUUUGUGCUACUUUUUUUGUAUAUUUAUCCCACAUUUUCACAUAAGGCGGAUACCAGAAAGCCUUCCACCUCUAGGGCUAGCCAAUUCCUGCAAUAUGCAGAUGUCUGAUUAUAAUUCCAACACAGUUGCAUGUCAGAGGCGAGUUUUAAGACAGUUAAGACAAGGUAUAGCUUUUAUUUAAUGAGGUAAAACCCACUGAGCUAUAUAUAAUAUAGCUAUAAUAUAGCUCAGUGGGCUAUAAUAUAGCUCAGUGGUAGAACCGGCUGGUGGUAUUUUCACUGGGUCUCUUGUAGUUCCCUGCAGUACACACGCUUAAAACGCACAAGUUGUUACAGGUCUGCAAACAAAGUUGUUACAAAUAUGUUCACAAGCUGUCGACAAGUUGUGUUCGCACUGCUUGUUCCCAGUUGUUGUAACAAGUUUGGAACAGACUGUUAUUAACAACUUGUAACAAGCUUGAUGGCAUUAUCAGUCUUGUUACAAGGUUGUUCUAACAAGUCUGAUACAGUCAUGAUAUAACAAGAAUGUUACAAGGUUGACGACACAAGGUUGUAACAAUAUUGCUAUAUCAUGACUGUAUCGGACUUGUUGGAACAACCUUGCAACAAGUCUGAUAAUAUCAACAAGUUUGUUACCAGCUUGUUCCAAAACUUGUUGACAACUUGGGACAAGC